AUGACUGAUCUUGUUUCCGUUUUAUUGUCCUUCCCUCCACAGCCUCCUGCCCCUGAGAUCACAUCUGAAAUCGAGUAUGACCGGAAGGCUCAUGUCUUACUUUCGAGCCUCCGUCGGAUACCCACAAAAGACUUAUUAGGAAACAUUACCAGCCGUCAAAGUCUUCUGGAUACCCUUGACCCUGAAAAACAGUCCUUGAGCUAUUUGUUUGUUUUACUUGCUCACCAUCAAGGCUGGGAAACCUCGGUAGAUCAGCACCUCUCCGGGCAUACACGCCCCGGAGGUGCAGUAUGGUGCAAAUCUGUAAACUUCCUUUGUGUUUUUGACCCGGUUCAAGUGAGAUAUGCUGGCCACGAGUUUAACAAACUCGUUGACUGUGUUGCAAAGAUUAGUGAAUAUGCAUCCCAGCAAAAGCCUUUAGCAGCUGUCAAACCUGUCAGACAAGCUUUACUUCGAUUAGACCCAUCCUGUUCAACGUUCACAUCAAUCCAUACAACCUUUGCCCACCUAUGCUUGCUAGCACAGUGCUACUUGCCAGCUACUGGUAUACUUGAUAAGGACAUCUGUCAUUUUCCGACAGCUGCUGAUAAAACCUUCCUCAAACGGUUUCAGCUGCUUCCAUGUCAACAGCACCCUUCUAGUGUGUCGUACAUUACAAUGGCGUCAGGUUUACCAGGCUUGAUCAACUACAAAAGCUCUCUGGAAUACUUUUUAUACGGUGCAAUGAUUUACAUCGGCUUGAAACGAUGGGGAAAGGCGCGACAUUUCCUAGAAAUAGCUAUUUCUGCGCCUACGGGUAAUUGUAUAAGUAUGGCUAUGGUGGAGGCUCAUAAGAAAUGGAUUCUUGUGAAUCUUCUAGAGAAGGGCACGGUACCGGCCAUACCUCAUGCCGUUAGUAGGUCAGCGGCAAAAGCAUAUAAGCCGCUGGUGAAACCCUAUAGCGCCCUAGGUAUAAUUUUCAAAGCAGGCAGCUUGUCUAGAUUGGAAGCAGAGAUAUAUGCCGGAAUGGAUAUUUGGCAAAAGGAUAAAAACACCGGCCUAGUUUUUCAGCUCCUUAACGCGCUCCGCCGGUGCUCCGUCCUAAAACUUGACCAGACUUUCGCAGCGCUUACUUUGCCUGACGUGUUACGUUUUUCAAUGAGUGACCAAUUCGACCGAGUGGUGGAACCAUUUGUAGUCGAGCUUCUCGCUGCAAGACGACUCGACGCCCGGCUCUUCCAAGCUUCGAAUUCUGUGGAUCCAACGAUUCUUCGUUUUGGCCAUUCUUUUGCAACCAUGGGAGGCGCGAUGGAGACUAGACUGUGGGAUCGGUUGAAGGCACAAAAGCAACGUAUGGACAUUCUUCUGGGUAAUGUAUAUGGAACUGAUGUCAAAUUGGAACUGGGACGGGAGUACAUCGAGGGUCUGAGGAAGGCAAAGUGGCGCAAGAAUGAAAGCGAUCUAGGCGACAACAGCGCGACAGUUGAUUUUGAAGAAGACAUGAUGGCCGAUUUACGGUGA